AUAUAUAUGUUUUGAUCAAUUUUCCAAUGUCGAAUCAACAAUCAUCACAUCUCAUUUCAUUGCACAAAGAUGGUUUAUACCUUCUCGACCUCAACGAAACCACCUUGUCAAAGCUUGACUUGCCGUUUACAUUACCGGCCAAAACCGAACCGGCCUGUAUUCUUCAUUGUCGUGGAAUGAUGUGUCUGACCCUUAAAGACAACAAUGACCUAGCGAUUUGGAAACCAGGUUCGGAUGAAUUCAAGAGAAUACCAAUGGUUAUACGGGGCCAAACCACAAAUCUUUUGGGAUUUGGAUAUGACCGGAUUUCUGAUGAUUACAAGAUCGUGACGAUAAUCGGUUUCAAAACAUAUAUCUAUGCGUUCAAAGAAAGUUGUUGGAGAGAAAGUGUACGAGAAACUUCUCUUCAUUGCAAAUUCAAAGACCGGACUGGUACGGUUGUGGAUCAUUGUAUGUAUGAUACCAGACAGGUCUCACACCAAAAACCCCCAAAAGGCAAGAAGAUCAUGCAUUGGAAUCUCGACCCGUGGACCGUGAAUGAAAAUGUUAAAGCAUUCAACAUUUUUAAUGUUACAAGAUUCAAAAAAUUUGAUGUUGGUUUUGCGUAUAUAGCAAGAAACGAAGAACUCUUCAUAGUGGUGAAUGGUAAUGGAAAAGGAGAAGACAAGUUUAUGGUGUAUAACGAGAGGCAAGAGGAGUUCACUGAAGUUCCAAUUGGUGGCUCUUUGGAAGGGUUUAGAUGUAUGAGUAUAUAUGACAAUCGUUUCUAGUUA